CCGCGGCGCGCUGCUGCAGCUGCUGCAGGAAUGGAAAGUUUGAGGGAGGAUGAGAGAGACUUUUCACCGCUUUCCUUUAAUAAGUAGGUUAACAGAGCAGUGAGGAGCGGGGCAGCACGGAGGAAAUAAUGGACUGAAAGCAGCGGCUGUGUUUAUCCGAGCUUUCUCUCAGGGACUCUGAGGCUGGUCAGCAUGGCUGAGGGAGAAGAGGGAUCAGCUGGAGAGUGGAAGGAGAAGUACAUGGCUCUGGAAGCUCUGCUCUUUAAGUUUCGAGGACAGAUGAGUGUGAUCCGGGAGCUCACAGCAGAAAAGAUGCAGCACUUGGAGUCUCAGGUGUUGGAGGCAGAGCGACGAGCUCAUGAGGCGAAUCAGCAGGUGCAGUGGAUGGAGGAGCGCCUGAAGGCUGCAGAUGUGCAGUCCGGGGACUCUGAGCUGAGGCUGUUCAGACGGUGUCAGGACCUGCAGGCCGCUCUGCAGGAGAAAGACGAGCUCAUUGCUGCUCUGGAGCAACAGCUGGAGGAACAGAAACAGAGCCGAAUCCAAGACGCCAAGACUGUAGAGGAGAAAGCGGCCAAGAUCAAGGAGUGGGUGAUGCGGAAGCUGAAAGAGUUUGAAGCAGAAAAUGCCUCCCUGAGGGAACAGAAUCAGGAGCAGGAAGCUCAGCUACUGGAACUGAAAAGACAAAUUCAAGGUCUAGAACAGUCUGCUGGAUCCAACACCAAACCUGGAGAGGCCCAGCGGCUCAGUAGCCUGACCUUUGGCUGCUUCCAGGUUCGAGGGAAGAGCCUUCAGGUGCUGACGGGUCCAGUAUCUGCUCAGAGGAGCGACAACGACUGUGACAUUAAACCAGCACCAGAGGACAAGACUCCGGGUUCCAGCUGUAGAACAGAAUUGGAAGAAGAGAGGGACUGUGAGUCUACAGGUGACGCUCUGUCUCGUGGUGUCUCCUCCGUCCUGUCCAGCGCUGCCUCUGAAGGAGAAGUAGGUGCUUACAGUGGUCUGGAACUCAGCCGCCCCACCAGUGAAGCUUACCUGACUGCCUCAGAUGACAGCAGCUCGCUAUUUGAUGAUGACAUGCAGCGAGCAGAGUGCCCCACCCUCUGCCUCCCGGGAGUGGACACGCCAGCCAAGCUCAACAGCCACGGCAAGGCCAACUCUGAAGACGUGUGCUCCGAUGACCUGAACAAGCGUUUCCAGUUACAGUGCCUCAAUUCUUCCUCCUCCUCCAGCGAAGCCAACUCCCUCACUCCCAUCCUGACCACCGCUCUCACCCCAAAACGGCCUACACCCUCACAGGACCCCCAGGACACACCUGCCUCCCCCAAGCAGCCCCGCCUACGCACCCAGAACUCCUUUAACGUUAGCCUGGCGCUGGCCAAGAAGCACCUGAGCCAGCCCCAGAUGUGCAGUGAAGUGGCCCAUGGGAGAAGCCGUAACGCUAUCAGCAUGCUCCGCCCACUGAAGCCCCAGGAGACUGACCUGGACCAGGAUCAGGAGAUGGAAACUAGCGAAGAAACAUCUGAAGCUCCAGCAGACGAGCAGAAGACAUCCGAUGUUCCAGUGCCAGGAAACAAGCCACCCACCCCUCCACUGCACAGGUUUCCAUCCUGGGAAAGCAGAAUAUAUGCAGUGGCCAAAUCUGGAAUUCGGCUCUCUGAAACGUCUUGCGCAGAUGUUGCUAAUAAAGACUCCUCUCACCCAUCUUCAUACCCUGCCUUCAUGCUCUACACAUCUCACAUCUACAGGAACAUGAGCACACCUGUCUACACCACAGUUAAAGGGAGGGCGACGUUGCUCAGCUGUAGUCAGUUGUCAGAGGAGUCGUCCAGCUCUGAGGAGGAUGAGAGUUCAGAGGAGUGUCACUCCAACUCUGGCGAGGAGGAGAGCGGCUCAUACACCUCCGGCUCCACCUCCAAGGGCAGCUGCCAAGACAGCCCUCGCUCUCUUAAGAGAGCUGUAUCCCUGUCCUCUAUGGCAUCUGAGAGUGACUACGCCAUCCCCCCAGACGCCUACUCGACUGACACAGACUGCUCAGAACCUGAGAACAAGCUUCCAAAGACCUGCUCCUCCAGCAGCGACAGCGGGAAGAGUGAACCGAUGGAAAAGUCCGGCUACCUGCUGAAGAUGGUGAAGACCUGGAAGAAGACCUGGAAGCGCCGCUGGUUCGUCCUGAAAGAUGGAGAGCUGCUGUACUACAAGUCACCAAGUGACGUCAUCCGGAAACCUCAAGGCCAGAUUGAGCUCAGUGCUUCCAGUUCCAUUGCACGUGGAGAUGGCAAACAAAUGCUUCAGGUGGUCACAGGAAAGCGAGUGUAUAAUCUAAAGGCGGACUCUCCAAACCUUCUGGAAGAGUGGCUGAGGGUCCUGCAGUGUGUGCUGAGGGUCAAAGCAGCCAGUCCGCUCUUCACCCAGCCUGAUGUCCGACCGGCCAUGAAGGGACACCUGAUGAAGGUGAAGCAUGGCUAUUCAAAGCGGGUGUGGUGUGCUCUCUUUGGGAAGACAUUGUACUACUUCAGAUGUCAGGAGGACAAGUUCCCUCUGGGUCAGAUCAGACUGUGGGAGGCGAGUGUGGAAGAAGUGGAACGGUCAUGUGACUCAGAAGAGGACAGUAAAAGAGGGCAGAUUGGAUCGCCUGCUCGCUCCUCAAUCUCCAUCCAGUCUUUAAACCAGGCCCCCACUUACCUCAUUAUAGACUCUCAGCAUGAGAAGGCGGCGUGGCUCUAUCACCUGUCAGUGGCAGCAGGUGCAAGUAUGGGGCAGGUUGGGACCGACUUUGAGCAGUUGGUUGGUAAACUGCUGAAUAUAGAUGGUGACUCAGGCUCACAGAUCUGGAGACAUCCCAUGCUGUGCUUCAGUAAAGAAGGCCUUACUUCCCCUCUCACCACCCUGCCCUCACAAGCGUUACAGACUGAAGCCAUCAAACUUUUUAAGACAUGCCAGCUUUUCAUCAAUGUGACUAUUGACACUCCAGCUAUAGACUACCAUGUGACACUGGCCCAGUGUGCACUGCAGGUCUGCCUCACACACCCUGAGCUUCAAAAUGAGAUCUACUGCCAGCUCAUCAAACAGACACGCAGGAGACAGCCUCACGGUCAGCCAGGGCCGCUGCAGGGUUGGCAGUUCCUGGCUCUGUGUGUGGGACUUUUUUUGCCCCAGCAUCCGAUUCUCUGGCUGCUUCAGGUCCACUUGAAAAAGCAUGCAGACUCAAGGACAGAGGUAGGGAAGUAUGCUAUCUACUGCCAGCGUUCAGCAGAGAGAACUCAACAGAAAGGAGAUCGACAAGCCAGACCCUCACGCAUGGAGAUCCUGUCCAUCUUAUUACGGAACCCAUACCACCACUCACUGCCCUUCAGUCUCCCAGUGCACUUUCUCAACAACACCUACCAGGUUGUUAGUUUUGAUGCGUCCACCACAGUAGAGGAGUUCCAGACUCGUCUGAAUCAGGACACUGGCAUGAGAAAGACUGGCCAGUCUGGCUUUAGUCUCUACUCUGAUGACCCCACAGGCCAGAACUUGGAACACUAUCUACAGGGCAGUCUGAAGAUUUGUGACAUCAUAUCAAAAUGGGAGCAGGCCUGUAAGGAGCUUCACACAGGCAAAUCUGAGAACACCAGAACUGUGAAACUCACCUACAAGAAUAGGCUUUACUUCUCCCAGCAACUGAGAGGAGAAACAGAGAGAGAACGCCUGCUUUUGGCCUAUCAGACCAAUGAGGAGAUAGUGGCAGGUCACUUUCCUGUCAACAAAGAACUCGCCUUAGAAAUGUCCGCUCUUCUCGCUCAGGUGGAGUUUGGAGACUUUGAGGUGCCGUUCUCCAGUGCGGCCGGCUCAGGUUCUGGACAGGCUAAAUCUAAACAGACUCUCAAACAGGUUCUGGAGCGUUUCUAUCCCAAACACUACAGAAGAGCCUGUUCAGAAGAACAGCUGAGUCAUUUAGGUCAGAAGCUCUCAGCUCGAUGGGCGUCUCUUAGGGGUCGGACUACCUCCGAGUGUGUGCGGAUUUACCUGACUGUAGCCCGCAAGUGGCCUUUCUUCGGAGCCAAGCUGUUCGAAGCUGAGCUCUUAUCACCAUCUCAGCAGAGCACACAUGUGUGGCUAGCAGUGCACGAGGAUGGGCUGAGCGUGUUGGAGUUUACCUCAAUAAAACUCCUGGUGUCUCACUCCCAUAAGAACAUUGUGACGUUUGGAGGCUGUCGUAAGAACUUCAUGCUGGUGGUGUCUCAGAGCUCUGGAAGCAACACAGCCAGAGAGAAGCCCACUGAGAAGCACUUGUUCACCAUGAGCGCUUCUAAGAUCCAGGAGACGACCCUGCUCAUGGCCAGCUACAUCAACAGCGCCCACCAGCAGAAAUCAGCAGCCCAUCAUCUCUCUGCCCCAGCCCUGCUGCUGGCCCAGUCUCAGGUCGGAGAACAACGCAGCAAAUCCCCUCCUGCCGCCUGCUCCAGACCCAGCAAAGCUCCCACACUGCUGUAAUGCACCCUCUAGUGGAGCUUGGAUCUCUACACUCACCAAGCUGCUCUCUAGAGAUCUUCUUUCUUGCUGAUGUUGUCUCCACCCUAAAAUGUUUCACAUCUAAUCCAGCUGAUCUAGUACUUUCAAACACACAGUAAUCAGCUGGAUCAGGUGUGCUAGAUGAGGGUUGGGGUUGGCCACGGUUCUAAAGAAACUAAAUCAGGCCUGUGAGAUAUUGCACAAAGCAUGUAAAACUAAAAAAGAAAAAAAAACUGGAUAAUUUAAGCCAAUAAAUUAAUAAAUUUGGGCUUUUAUUUUAUAAAGGCCAACGGACACAACCAACUGUCUUCUUUCUUCUCAUGAAAUGCGACACCGAAACUCAGAGUGGGAAUGUGCUAAAUAUUCAAAGUGAAGAGGAAGUGCUGUAAGGCACUGGAGCCAGAGCUGACGCGAGAUUUGCAUUUUACGUCAUUCAAUGGCUUGUUGGUACACGGAGAAGUGUAGUCUUCCCUUUCUUCUCAAAUCCUGUAAAGACAAGCUGGGACAGGGGACUCUACACUCUAUUAUGUAGAUUGGUGCAUAAAAUAGUCUGUAUUACGACACAAAUUUUUAAUCUAGUCCUGAAAGUAAAUGAGAAGAACCAAAUAAAACAAAUGUAAGAAAAAUCUUAGACUUGGGCAUUUAUAGUGUAUCACAAAAGUGAGUACACCCCUCACAUUUAAAUAAAUAUUUUCAUGGAAGAACACUGACAAAAUGAAACUUUGACACAAUGAAAAGUAGUCUGUGUGCAGUUUAUAUAACAGUAAAUAGAUUUUUCUCUCAAAAUAACUCAAAAUGAAAUAUGCAGUGUGUACUCACUUUUGAGAUACACUGUAUUUACUGAAGAAAAUGAUCUGAUAUAUCCUUUUUUAAAAAACAGGGAUCUAUCAAAGUCUGAUCUUCACAACACGUUUGUUGAAAUGUAUCAUGCCAACAAGAACAAAGGAGAUUUCUGAGGAGCUCAGAGGAAAAAUUGAUGAUGCUUAUCAGGAUGGAAAAGUAAAAAAAAAAAAAAAAAAAAAACAUCUGUAAAAUGUUUGGAUUCCACCAAUCCACAGUCAGAUAGGCAACAAUGAAUUCUGAUUUAUAUCAGCACAUCCUGUCAGCACAGAAUGUGCUGAUUCAAAGAGGUACGCACCUGUCUUUGAGCUAAAUCUCAAGACAAUACUGGGUCAUGCAACAAGACAACGACCCAAAAACAUUAAAGAAGAAUAAAGUUAAUAUUUUGAAGUGGCCAAAUCAUAAUCCUGACUAUAAUCAAAUAGAAAUGUUGUGAAAGGACCUGAAGCAGAAGGGGAAACCCAACAACAUAACCGUUUUGAAGCUGUUUUGUAUUGAAGAAUAGCUUACAUUCCUCAGAGCUGACGUGCAGGGCUAAUUAACAGUUACCAGAAAUGUAUACUUGCUGUUAUUGCUUCACACCAGAUGCAAGUGCAAGCCAAGAUUCACAUACUUUUGCUACUCAGAUUCACAGUGAAUAAAGGAUCAUGUCUAAUAUUUCUAACUGAUCUGUUCAUUUGAGUUUUCUUAUCUACUUUUAAGACUUUAGGAAAGUCUAAUGAAGUUUUAGGUCAAAUGUAUGCAUACAUAUAAAGGAUUCUAAAGGGUUCAAACUUUCAAGGGCCACUGUAUGAUGAAUUACACUGAAGUCCCAGAUGUUACAGAACAUGGACUGAAGCUAUUACUGCUCAUCCAAAGAUCAAAAAUAAUUUAAUGUUUCUUUAUUAUUUAUUACAUUCAGUUCAUGUGCUUAAUGAUUAGUGCUUAUAAACUCCAGAAAGAUGUUUACUCUGACCUCAGGAAAGACAAGAACAUUCCCAAGUAGAGGGUUAAUAAUACCCCGUCAUUCCAAACAAAUUAAAGGGAACUCUUAAGAGCUGAACAGGCGUGCAGGUUGGCCAGAAAGGCACGUAUUUGAAUGAAAUGCUUGGUAUUUUGCAUGUAGAUGGAAAAUCUGUAGGUUUGAGGAAGUAGAAUGAGAUAAAGAAUGUCUGUAUAUGGCAGGGGAUCAGAGCAGAGCUGCUGCUACUGUUGUGUUGGUGUUGUGUGUGUAUGUGUGUGUAGGACAAGAUGCAGAACUGGUGCGGAAAAGAAAAGAAAACUAAUAAUAAAAGAGAAAGAGUUUCUAGCAAAUUAAUUUCAUCACCCACUGACCAGAAAAACAGAACUGACAAUAUGAAAGCCUUUUUAUCAGUGCGUGAACAAGAAGUGCCAACCUUUCUUUUUUCAAAUUUAUUUUUAACGUUGCUCAUGAGAACAAUGUUCAGAGGUUGUGAAUUAGCCUUUCUCACUGUAAUUAUUCUUCUUAAUUAUAAUUUACAAUAUUAAACAGAAUAUUCUGAUA